AUGCUGAAGCCUGCCUUGCCCAGCGCCGCCCAAGCCGUGGGACCUCGCGGGGCAGCUUCAGGCGGGGAGGGGCUGAGGCCAGGCCCAGGAGCGGCUGCAGGGGCUGGACAGCGAGAAACGAGAGCUGGAGGCGGCAACCGCCAGCUGAGGGAGCGGCUGCAGCAGCUGCAGCGGGAGCUGGGCGAGAGGGAGAGCAGGGAGAGCAGCCUGUGCACCAGGGUCGGCUCCCUGGAGCUGGAGGUGUCCCAGUGCCGUGAGGAGCUGGAGCAGAGCCGGGGCCGGGUGGAGGCUCUGGAGGCCGAGGAGCGGCGGCUGCAGGCGCAGGAGCAGCAGCGGCGGCAGGAGAGGGACGAGGCCCUGGGCCGGGCACAGGCGCUGUCGGAGCAGCUGGAGAACACCGGGGCGCAGCUGCAGCAGGCGCAGCAGCAGCUGCAGGAGCAGCUGGAGCAGGUGUCGGCGCUGCGGGAGCUCGAGGCCUCGCAGAGGGCGCUGCUGGCCGAGCACGAGGAGCGCAUCCACCUGCUGGAGAUGGAGCGGCGCCGCCUGCACAACGACAUCCAGGAGCUCCGGGGGAACAUCCGCGUGUUCUGCCGCGUGCGGCCGCUGCUGCCCGAGGAGCGGGAGCGCCAGCGGGGGAUGCCCCACCUGCACUUCCCGCCGCAGGACGCGCGCAGCCUGGUGCUCACCCGCCCCGACGACGUGAGUGGGCGGGAGCGGCGCAUGGAGCUGCGCUACGACUUCAGCUUCGACCGCGUCUUCCCGCCCGGCGCCUCGCAGCAGGAGAUCUUCAGGGAGAUCCAGCUGCUCGUGCAG